GGAGGAGCAGCAGCCACCACCAAGAUGUGUCCCAAAAGGCAUUGGCUAGUCAACAAAGCAACGGCAGCGGGAAAGGGUAGCAGGCGGAGUCUAGACCAAAUAGUAGAAGUAUUAGUAGCCUUAAUCUUAGUCAAUUGCCUCGUGGCCACAGCGACAGCGGCCCUGAUCACGCCACCCCACGAUCUGGACUCCAUCGAAGAUGAGGAUCUGUCGGGCUUCUAUCGCAGCCCCCACCGGCUGGAGGGCUACCAGCAGCAGCAGCGGAACAGCCAGAACUUCAAGAUCAGCCCCAAGCCGUGCUCCUUCGGCCGCGUGGAGGGCACCUGCAUGUUCGUGUGGGAGUGCAUCAAGAGCGAGGGCCGCCACGUGGGCAUGUGCGUGGACUCGUUCAUGUUCGGCUCCUGUUGCACGCACAACUACACGGACAACAUUGUCCUGCCGCAGACGGCCUUCUCGUACACGAGACCCACCAAGCCGCUGACACUACGGCCGCGUCCGCCGCCCCCCGCCUACAAGCCGAUGAUUAGUGGGAUGACCACCAUCGAGCGACCACAUGGCGCUGGCACGUUGGUGAUUCGUCCUUCGGGUCCGCACCACCAGGGCACCCUGGCACGCCCACAUCCUCCGCCCUACCAGAGCAAGCCCACAACAGCCUCGGACCUGCUGAGUGCCGCCUCCAUGCACGCCGGUUCGAGCUCCAGCUCCAGUUCGAGUAAGUGGCAUAGCAUUUGGCAUACAUCAACCCAGCAGCAGCAGCAGCAGCAGGCGCAGGCGCAGGCGCAACAGCAGCAUCAACAGAAUCAACAGAAUCACUGGCAGAUGACCACCGAACCGAGCUUUAUUACCAGGCCGCGACCCACCGGCUGGACGAAGCCCGGCAUCGUCAAUCUCCCAAUGUCCGGCCCACGUCCCUCGAAGCCAUCGAAGCCCACAAAGAAACCGAUUGUCUACGAGCGGCCGCCACCGCCACCGCCACUGCCACCAUCAUCCACGACGACAUCAUCGACGACGACGACGACGAUCCAGACACAGGGCCCCACCAGGCCACAGCUGUCGGCGGGCACAUCAUUAGCCACAUCGUCGGCUUACCCAACCUUCUCCACAUCGAAGGCUACGACGACAACAACGACAACGACGACGACCAGGAGAACGACCACACCAGCUCCGACAACAACGACAACGACAAGGAGAACUACCAGCAACACAAGGCCCUACCAGAGGCCCACCACAGAGAGCAGCAGCAGCACAACGAGGAGUUCGACAACCACUGCCAAGACACCCACCACGACCAGGGCACAUCCUAGUCCCAGCAGCAGCAGUGGAGGCAUCAUCUCUAGCAGCAGCAGCAGUCGGCCCACGCAUCGGCCUAUCGGCGGCGGCGGAGAGGGGGGCCAUAUCGAGACCAACGAGAUAACGGACUCCUCCACACACGAUGGGGCGGCGGGCGGGGCAACGACGGCGCUGGGGCAUGUGAAGACCAUUUCGGCGGCGCGCAGCGAAUGCGGCGUCCCGACGCUGGCCCGGCCCGAAACGCGAAUUGUGGGCGGCAAGAGUGCGGCCUUCGGUCGUUGGCCCUGGCAGGUGUCGGUGCGACGCACCUCCUUCUUUGGCUUCUCGAGCACCCAUCGGUGCGGUGGCGCUUUGAUCAACGAGAACUGGAUAGCCACAGCCGGUCACUGUGUGGACGACCUGCUCAUCUCUCAGAUACGCAUCCGCGUGGGCGAGUACGACUUCUCCCAUGUGCAGGAACAGCUGCCCUAUAUAGAGCGCGGCGUGGCCAAGAAGGUGGUCCAUCCGAAGUACAACUUCUUCACGUACGAGUACGACCUGGCGCUGGUCAAGCUGGAGCAGCCGCUCGAAUUUGCGCCGCAUGUCAGUCCCAUUUGUCUGCCCGAGACGGAGAGCCUUCUAAUUGGCAUGAAUGCCACGGUCACCGGCUGGGGUCGUCUGAGCGAGGGCGGCACCCUGCCCUCGGUCCUCCAAGAGGUCUCCGUUCCAAUUGUAAGCAACGACAAUUGCAAGUCCAUGUUUCUGCGCGCCGGACGCCAGGAAUUCAUACCAGACAUAUUCCUGUGCGCGGGCUAUGAGACGGGGGGCCAGGACUCUUGCCAGGGCGACUCCGGCGGACCUCUGCAGGCCAAAUCGUCGGACGGUCGCUUCUUUCUGGCUGGCAUCAUCUCCUGGGGCAUUGGCUGUGCGGAGGCCAAUCUGCCCGGCGUGUGUACGCGCAUCUCCAAGUUUGUACCCUGGAUACUGGAGCAUGUCAGAUGAUGAUCAGAUGAUCAGACGAUCACUCGC